CUGCGGGAGGACGGGUGGUGGGCGGAAAAUUCAAUUUUUGUUUAUGCGGAUCAAUAUCAACGCCCGUGCCGACUUUUCUGACGAAAUUUGUAAUGGUAAUUGAGUGCUGGUACUUUAUUCAAGAUGUGAAGUAACUGCCAUGCCUAAUAACAUGGAAUUACAACUAUAGUUUGAACUUUGAACUCGUCAGGCGGUUUUGGUUCCUGCUUUCUGGACACAAAAGAGGAAGAAAAAAAUUCAUAAAAAUGAGCAACAAAGAAACGGCUCGAAAUGAGAAGAAAAAAGGAAAAUAUAACGAAGAGAUACCUCAGAUGGAGGAAAACAACCACCCUUCAAAUCUAAAGUUGAGAACUUAUUGGUUACUUGUAGCCUUGAGGUUUUUCCUCACCAUCCUGCCUCAGAAUGGCUACGUCCAGCCUGAUGAGUUUUUUCAAUCCGUCGAAAUUGUUGCUGGUGACAUUUUUGAGCUGGAUGUGAACCGGGUAUGGGAGUUCAACACCUCCUUCCCUCUGAGAAGCAUUGCCCUUCCGUUCACGACCAUUGGGAUACCCUUGGAGAUCCUGAAGUGGAUUAGUAUAUUCACAGAAAAUUUCUUUGGCGUUAACCUUGUGACUCCGUACAUUCUGAUGGUCCUUCCAAGACUGGUCAUGUGUUGUCUCUCACUCAUCUGUGACUUUUGUCUAUGGCAUAUGUGCCAUUCUUACGGCCAGAACUACUCGUCCAGGCUGGUAGUGUUUGCCAGUUCUUAUUGUGCCCUGAUUUUUGGCACUAGGACAUUUUCUAACACCUUCGAGAUGAUCCUCCUCUCGGUGCUACUGAGCCUUGUCUUGGAUAGUAUGCACCAUUCUGAUGAGGUGAUUUGGAGAGAGGACCUGAUAAUUGAAAAAUAUGAGUCACUAGGCCGACAGCACCCUGUUGAAAGAGCCAAAUUGGCGCGCUUAAGAAGCUCUUUGCCUAGCCACACCGUACGCCACUGUGCAACGAUUGCAUUUGUCACCGUCGCAGGCAUUUUCAACCGUCCCACCUUUGUUGGCUUUGCAGCACCAGCCCUCUUUUCCUGGUUACACCGAGGCAUGGGAUCAAAAGCGGUUGACUGGUCGCAUUUUCACUACAGAAUCUUCACCUUGUGCUUCUUUGGUGCAAUAUCUGCCAUAAUUUUUAUAACCGCAGAUUCCUUUUACUAUGGCUAUUUGACGCUCGCUGAGCUUUCAAAUUCCAAAAUAUCUUUGGGCUCAAAUUUUGUUGUGACUCCUCUAAAUUUUCUUAUGUACAAUUCCCAAACGUCAAAUUUAAAAAACCAUGGCCUGCACCCACGAUGGCUUCACCUGGUGGUAAACGUACCUUUGAUGUUCGGAAUGCUAGGCAUAGCUGGAUACAUGGGUGUUGUGAAAAUUGGAAGAUUCGCGAUAAUGAGGAAAUGGUCCCAGCUUCCAAAAGCCCAGUCAGUUACCUCUCUUAUGAACGCCAGCUUUAUUGUCCCCUUACUGGCCUUGUCCAUUUUCCCUCACCAAGAGCCCCGUUUUUUAUUGCCCCUUGUGAUACCCCUUACAUUUCUGCACGCCCAGUUCAUCCUGAAUUACCGCAAGUGGCUGAAGAAAUCCUGGUAUGUGCUCAACGCCCUGGCUGUACUGUUCUUUGGUUUCUUUCACCAAGGGGGAGUGUGGUUUUUGGCCAGCCACCUAAGGGACUCUGGCCUAGCACAUCCAAAGCCACUCAAUGCGGUACAUCUAGUCACUAGCCAAAUUUACAUUGUACCCAGAUUUCCAAUGCUGGUCCCUAGUCCUGCUAAAGUUUAUGUAACUCCCAAUGGAAGGCGCUACAAAAUAACAAGACGCUUCCAUGUUCACGAGACAGGAUUGUCUGGCAAGGAAGUUGGUGUUAAAAAGGCUCACAAAGUGUUGCAGCAGUGUAAAAAGGACUGGAAAAACCACCGACUCAAAUGUCGUGUAUUUUGUGCCUUCCCAGGCACUGUAGAUCAUAAAUUUGAAGGCGCUCUUCGGAAGUACAACAUGACCCAAAAGCCACAUCGAAUAAGAUUCUAUCCACACCUGAGCACUGAAGCCAUGCCUCAAUGGAAAAGAGCUGCUAGUGGAAACCUUGUUUCAUCAUUUACAAAGACUAUGGCACAACUGGGACUGAUUUUGACUGAAGUAGAGCUUUUGGAACAAUAAUUGUACUGUCAUGUUAUAUUAUAUUUGUUGCCCUUAAUCUACAAUUAUUUGCGACUGAAUUAUCAUGGCUUUUUAAAUAAAAAUAUAAGUUAAGUUUA